UGAAACGCAGCCAGAAGGCAAAGCUCAGAUACAAACAGGAAAGUAUUGUCUCUCACACUCAGAUAUCUCUGGGAACCAGUUACCGUCAGGAUGGCGCUGGGAGUGGGGACAACACUUCUGCUGGCUACUGGAGUCACUCUUCUAAUUUACCUUGUGUCAUGGUGGAGAAGGAUAAAGCACAGUAAUCUCCCCCCAGGGCCCACACCUCUGCCUCUCCUGGGGACUGUGUUGCAGAUGAGUAUCACAGAAGUGCCCAAAUCUUUACUGAAGAUAAGUGAGACCUAUGGACCUGUGUACACCUGCUACUCUGCCAACAUCCCGGUGGUUGUGCUGAUUGGAUAUGACGUGGUGAAGGAGGCAUUGGUUGAUCACAGUGAGGUGUUCAGCAACAGAGGAAAUUUGAAAGUGGUCAAAGUGUUAUUCGGAACCUACGGGAUAGUCAUGAGUAAUGGAGAAAGGUGGAAGACAUUGAGACGAUUCGGUCUAACAACACUGAGAAAUUUUGGAAUGGGGAAAAGAAGUAUCGAGGAGAGGAUUCAGGAAGAAGCCCAAAACCUGACAGAGCGCUUCAUGAAAGAUAAAGACACCCCAUUUGACCCAACAUAUAUGCUGGGACUGGUUGUCUCCAAUGUCAUCUGUUCUGUUGUGUUUGGGAAGAGAUUUGACUAUGAGGACAAGAAGUUUAUGACCCUCCUGCAAUACAUCAAAGAGAUCAUAAGUGGAAUGAAUUCUGCAUCUGGCCAGAUUCUGAGCAUGUUCCCAAAUUUGCUGAGCAAGUUACCUGGACCCCAUCAGAAAAUUUUUCACAAUUUUGACAAACUGAGGGCAUUUAUAAGGGAGAUGGUGAAAUCCCACCAAGAAGUUCUGGAUGAGAACUGUCCACAGGACUUCAUAGACUGUUUUCUCAUAAAGAUGGAAGAGGAAAAACAGAACCCAAACACAGAAUUUCAUGAGAAAAACUUGGUGGGAUCAGUACAAGACUUGUUUUUUGCUGGUACAGAGACUACAAGCAAUACCCUGAGAUAUGCAUUCAUAAUUAUGCUGAAAUACCCAGAGAUACAAGAAAAGGUCCAGAAAGAAAUUGACAAUGUGAUUGGACAAGAACGCAUUCCCUCCGUGCAGGACAGGAUCAAGAUGCCAUAUACAGAUGCGGUUAUACACGAGAUCCAGAGAUUUGCUGAUAUUUUGCCCGUAGGAUUAUUACAUGCCGCCAGCAAAGACAUCACCUUCCGGGGAUACACCAUUCCCAAGGGCACCUUGGUGGCUCCCGCAAUAACAUCUGUUUUAAAAGACCCUAAUUUUUUCAAGAACCCAAAUGACUUUGACCCCGGGCAUUUUCUUGAUGAGAAUGGGGCUUUUAAGAAGAGUGACGCCUUCAUGCCAUUUUCUGCAGGAAAACGUAUGUGUGUAGGAGAAGGACUGGCCCGUAUGGAGCUCUUCUUGUUUUUCACUACUAUACUGCAAAGAUUUACUUUAAAGCCUACAGUGGACAAGGAGGACAUAGACAUCACCCCAGAGCCCAACAGCAAUUCUUCAAGAUCUCGGGAAUAUAAGAUGUUUGCUGUCCCUCGAUGAAGCACCUAUCAUAAAACAUCCAAGAUGUUAUUAUACUGCAACUAGCAACUGCCAACCUUAAUUAUAUAUUUUCUUUGGUAGUAUAUAUUUAAUUGUAACAUGUUACACUGAUUAUAAGUCUGUCAUUGUGCAAUCAAAUCAUUUUUGAGCUGGAUGUAGAAUCUGCAAAUACAUAAAGCACUGCUUCUCAACCCCUAA